CCUGUACUAUGUCCGCAGUCUCUGGUCAUCCCCUUUCCGCAGUCUCUGGUCAUCUCCUGUACUAUGUCCGCAGUCUCUGGUCAUCUCCUGUACUAUGUCCACAGUCUCUGGUCAUCUCCGGUACUAUGUCCGCAGUCUCUGGUCAUCUCCUGUACUAUGUCCGCAGUCUCUGGUCAUCUCCUGUACUGUGUCCGCAGUCUCUGGUCAUCUCCUGUACUAUGUCUGCAGUCUCUGGUCAUCUCCUGUACUAUGUCCGCAGUCUCUGGUCAUCUCCUGUACUAUGUCUGCAGUCUCUGAUCAUCUCCUGU